UCCACGUUGGCCCGGACGUGGCAGCAUCCGAGGACAGAAACGAUUCGUUCCUCAGGACUCACAAACAUUAACGCCUCUUGUCUUAACAACGUCACAUUUAGAAAAGUUUUCCUUAAAAUUAAGAAUCGGAUAAGCACAAAAUGGGACUUCUAAUCUCAUCCGUUUUUACUAGACUGUUCGGCAAAAAACAGAUGAGAAUACUUAUGGUGGGUUUGGAUGCUGCGGGGAAAACAACUAUUUUGUAUAAACUAAAGCUUGGGGAAAUAGUUACCACCAUUCCAACUAUCGGCUUUAAUGUGGAGACAGUUGAGUAUAAGAACAUCUGCUUCACGGUUUGGGAUGUUGGUGGUCAGGACAAAAUCAGACCCCUCUGGAGACACUACUUCCAGAACACACAGGGUUUGAUCUUCGUAGUAGACAGCAAUGAUCGAGAGAGAGUGGCUGAGUCAGCAGAAGAACUGUCCAAAAUGCUACAGGAGGAUGAGUUGAGAGAAGCAGUGUUGCUGGUGUUUGCUAACAAGCAGGACCUUCCUAACGCCAUGUCUGUCAGUGACCUCACAGACAAACUUGGAUUGCAGAGCCUCCGCAGCAGAUUGUGGCAUGUGCAGGCGACCUGUGCCACCCAAGGCACAGGCCUGUAUGAAGGACUGGACUGGCUUUCCAACGAGCUGUCCAAGCAGUAACAACGGACAUGACUAGAGAGGAAGAGAGAACACUUUGGAGAAAUAGAUAACUGACACCUUUAAUAAAGACAAGUUAGGUCUUGAAGAACCUUUGACCCCUACAAUGGACAGAAAUUGUGGACAAUGCGAUCAAUACCUUUUUUUUUUUCUUCAUACUUUCAGACACCUGUCAUAACGCCCCCCCCCCCCCCCCCCCCCAUGUCUUGCAGCAGAUUAACUGAUGCUUUCAGUUGCAUGUAUAGCAAAUGGCUGCUCUAAAACAUCUUGGGAGAUGCCCCUCCCCUUUCCUCAGCACUUUUUAACAGGGUUCAAAUUGCCCUCCCACUCUUCCUGGUUCAGAUGUUUUUGUCUAUGGUUCGAAUUAGGAUUGGCUGUUGGAAUAUAAUCUAAGAUUAUUGGUUAAGGGCAAUUUCUACCUCAAACUGUACAGCUCCACUAGACUUCCUGGAUAUCCCUGAAAGGACCCUGCCCCUUUGACCUCAUCUUGGUAAAGGUAAAAGGCUUAUUGAAUGAGAUGAAGAAUAAAUUGAUAAUCUUAACUCCAGAUGUUUGAGGAAGUCUAUCUGUACUGGAAAUUCCCUGUGUUAGGAACCACUGGAAAUCAUUGUCUCAUUAUACUUCUCUAAGUUAUUGUACGAUAUAUUUUCUCUGGGCUCUCCACAUGACUUGUCUUAUAAAACGUGCCACAAUUAUGCAAUAACCUUUUUUCUUUGAUGCUUGGAUGUAAUCUGGAUAACUGAAAGUAGUAGGUAGAAGUUGCCUCUAAACAUCAAAACAUUUGUUGAAUACUUUUCAUCCCCCUAAUGGUUCAGGUUAUAAUAACUUGGCCCAGAAUCAGUGAUUUGUUACAACUUCUACAUAUGUUCCCAAACCAGUCAAGUUGAAUAGCUUUGGCUUAAAACAAUAUAGUGUAAACCAGAAGGAAAGAGGAGUGUGAUGAAUGUAUUAUUAUUUUUUUCUUCAAAGCAUUUGAACAGGAUCAAUAUGUGUUCAGUGCUUGAGGCUGCAUGCAUGCUUCUGAUAUUUGAUUGCGGAUGUUGCGCUUAAUCUGAUCCUUCCACUUCGCUUGUCCAUCUCCCUGAGCUGAGCAUACAUUCCAACUGACCCAUGAUUUUGGAAACUGCACAGAGCUGCUACACAACUUUGAAUUUAUCUUUUUAAACAAUAAAUUCACCUGUUCAAUUUUC